AGUAAGAAAAUGGAUUUGGAAAUGGGCACGGGGGGCACCACAUCAUCAUCACAUCACAUGCACCCAAAUCCAAUUACCCGUCCGUCCAUCUUUUAUUUCUCCACCACCUUCUCUUUGUUUCUCUUCUUCUUCUUCCUCAGGCAUUCUCAGCUUUUAAUUUCGUAUUUUAUACCCAUUUAUUUAUUUACGAGUUCUUCUCGGCAAAAAAAUCUUCUCCGAUCUCGGUUUCAUUUUAGCCUGCAAAUAAGUAAAAGCUUUUCACGGAGAAACCAGGCCCGGGCUUAAUUCUCUUCUGCCUCUUUGGUUCAGCUGAGAAUGGGAGGUGUAAUUGGUAAGGAUGAAUCUCCAAGGGCCUACGUGUCCCAGACAAAACUUGAAGCCAGAGUAGUUGAGGCAAUGCAGCGAAAAGCAAGGGACGGUAGCUCCAUCAAGUCUUUUAAUACUAUAGUCUUGAAGUUUCCCAAAAUUGAUGAGAGCUUGCGGAAAUGCAAAGCCACAUUUCAAGAAUUCGACGAGGAUGAAAACGGAGCUAUAGAUCACAAAGAGUUGAAGCACUGCUUUCGUAAGCUGGAGAUAAGUUUCAGUGAUGAAGAAAUAGACGACUUGUUUGAAGCAUGUGAUAUUAAUAAUGAUAUGGGAAUGGAAUUCCAUGAAUUCAUUGUUCUUCUUUGCCUUGUUUACCUUCUCAAGGACAGUCCUGCACUUCAUGGUAAAUCAAGGGUCGACAUGCCAAAUCUUGAGUCGGCAUUUGAGACAUUGGUAGACGCCUUUGUGUUCUUGGACAAGAACAAGGACGGUUGCGUGAGCAAGGAUGAGAUGGUUCAGGCAAUAAAUGAAAGCACCUAUGGUGAACGAUCUUCUGGCCGGAUUGCCAUGAAAAGAUUUGAAGAGAUGGAUUGGGACAAAAACGGAAUGGUGAGCUUCAAAGAAUUUCUAUUCGCUUUCACCCGAUGGGUGGGCAUUGAUGGUACUGAUGAAGAAGAAGAAGAAGGAAAUAAUGUCUAGCUCGAGAAUGCUUCUUUGUGCUCAUUUGGCAAGCCAAAGCCCAAGUUCUCCAUGGACGAAUCGAAGACGCUCCCGAAUGAUAAGAUCCACACUACACCACCACACCUAUCCAUCAUCAUAUAAUAAACACAUGGAUCGUUUAGGAGGCAAGUCGUAACCGCUCUUCGUUUCUUCUUACAUGUAAAAUUACGAUGAAUAGAAUUUAAAAUCCGAGAUACAUCCUCCUAGUACCUUUUUAGUUCAAAGCUCAUAACAUCGAAACAUAUAUAGUACUUCAUCCAUCCUAGUGUACUUGUUCAGUUUGACAUUUUUCAGUCAAACAGAAUAAAUUUUCACUAUUAAU